UUAUUAGUGUCCUCUCUCUCCCGCUUUUUCUCUCUCUUCGUCUCCCCCAUUGUUCGCCCCCAAAAAGCUGAAGCUGAGCAACUAGAGGGAAGAAAAUAUUGUGGAGGAAACCACCUUCCUCGUCUGUAAACUCCACGGCUAAGUCGACUGUGAUUUCUUGUGAACAAAAUUGAGGCUUCGAAAUGCCCGUUUGAGGGAUUAGUGCCGCUGCGGAAGAGAGAAAAUAGUACCGGUAUUCAUCGAGUCGAAAACCUACCUAGCUCCCUCCCGCCACCUCGUGAUCUCUUUCCCACCAAGACAUACAGAUGGAGCUUCAACAUUUCAGUCAUGAGCAUCCAUUGAUCCUCAAAGAAGUGCAAAAAGAGGGUGAAGGUGACGAAUGUUUCUGUUAUGCAUGCGAGAAAUUGAUCUUGGACUCUGCAUAUAAUUGUGGAGAGUGUUCUUACUUUCUACACAAAAGUUGUGCAGAACUCCCUCGGGAGGUUGAAAACUCCCUACACUCCAAACACCUUCUAACCCUCCAUUAUGAUGAUAAGUAUAUUUGUGAUAUCUGUAGAGCAAGUGGAAAUCGAUUCAGCUACUGGUGUCUUCCUUGCGACUUUACUAUCUGCAUGUCAUGUUACCUAGCAGAAGAACGCGUGGUUAUAAAUGAAGUUCAUGAUCACCCUUUAGCCAACCUCAUAUUUAGGCCAACCUCUUUCUUUUGUGAUGUUUGCCGCAUGGAAAGUAAAGAUAUGUCAUAUGUAUGUUUGACUUGUCAAUUCGUGGUCCAUAAGAGUUGUCUUUCGUUACCUAAAACUAUCAACCGUGGUUAUCACCGUCACCCUCUCACUCUCGUCUAUCAGUAUUCUAUGUUAACAAAUUUUGAUCAGUAUUGUCGUAUUUGCAGACUCUACAUUUCCACCGCCCACUGGGUUUAUUGUUGUGCUCCGUGUAGAUAUUUUCUCCACGUGAAAUGUUUAAUUACAACUCCAGAUACUUUGAGUUUAAGAGGCGGUGAAAAUGAGAAUGAAGAUGAGAAUGAAGUUGAUCAAUCAAUCGACCCUAAUCUGUUGCACUUACCGGUGACCAAUGGUUCCUUAGAACUGUUUAGACAAUAUGCUAAACAAAUCAAUCUUGAAGAUAUUGAGAGAGAGGCAGAGCUCAUCCAUUGGAGUCAUGAGCAUCCACUAAUCCUUUUUGAUGUGCAAAAGGACGAUGAUAUCAAAGAUGAGAUUACGUUAUGUGAUGGUUGCGUGCAACCAAUAUCAUUUCCAUUUUACUGUUGUAGUCAAUGCAACUAUUUUCUCCAUUUAAGUUGUGUCAACUUACCACGGGAAUUGCGGCACCCAAUUCACCAUGAACACCCAAUGGUACUUUGUCAGGUUAUGAAAUUCUACAAGACCUCCUUGUGCGAUGCUUGCUGGGUAUGGACAAAUGGAUUUUUCUACAAAUGUGAAACAUGUAAAUUCAUCCUUGAUGUCAAAUGUGCUUUCCUACCUACUUCGAUUGCACAUCAAGCUCACAAGCAUCCAUUGGUUCAAAUGAAAGGUUCAAAAGAUCUCUGCAAUGGAAGUGGUUUCAGCUUCUCUACAAGCGGAUUUAAAUGUGAUGAUUGCAAGUUCAAAAUAUCUCACAACAGUGCUCUACUCCCAGGUACCAUCAGGCAUAGAUUUGACAAACAUCCCCUAAUCCUGUGUUAUCCUCCAUUUAGUGAGCAUGUUGAUGAGUUUCACUGUGAAAUAUGUGAGAGAGAAAUGAAUCCCAGCUAUUGGCUCUAUUAUUGUAGUGAUUGCGAUCAAUCGUUUCAUCUUUUCUGCAUUAAAGACUACUAUUCAAACGUCAAGUAUGGAGGUACCAUUGAAGUUAAUUGUCAUCCACACUCUCUGGCAUUUGUACGAAAGGCAAGGAAGAGGUUCUCGUAUUGCAGUUGUGGUCAUUCUUAUGUUAGAGUUAUCUUUGUUCAUACUUGUAUUGAUAUUGAGUGUCCCAUAUUCGAAUGUGGAGAGUGUAAUUAUACAUUGUGCUUAGAUUGUAUCUGAGUUCUAAUGGUUGAGUGGAUCAUGAAAUUGUAUUAUUGGUUAAGCAAUGUUGUCGUCCACCGACUCCUCUUAAAAGAGGAUAAUGCUUCAACAAAGAAGAGCACAAUGAAUAAUUUGAUCUCUCUCCUCGCCCUUCCUCCCUCCCUCUCCCUGUCAGCGCUCUCUAAAUGUACAGACAAAUAAUGUAUAUAAAAUUGAGG